ACGAGGACGUAAAGAAGUUUGGACCACUUCGGCACCACUCGCUCCAAUAUGGCUGCCCCCGGGAGAAGGCGAGGGCUAUCGUGAAAGUCCAAACCCUAAAUCCCUCUUCGCAUGGAUCGUAGCGCAGAGUUCAGGAGGUGGAAGGCGCAGUGUCUGAGCAAAGCGGACCUCAGCCUCAAGGGCAGUGUGGAUGAGGAUGUGGCUGAGAUUGUGCAGCUUCUGAAUGGGCAAGAACAGUUUUUUACCACCAGCUCCUGCUCUGGCCGUAUCAUCCUCAUAGACGGGAGUAUAAAUGGCUUUGAGGUUCAGAAACAAAACUGUCGCUGGCUACUAGUUACACACAAACCUUGUACAAAAGAUGAUGUGAUUGUAGCUCUAAGAAAUGCGAAUGGUGAUGCUGUUUUGAAAUUUGAACCCCUUGUUCUUCAUGUACAGUGUCGACAGUUGCAAGAUGCACAGAUUCUGCAUUCAGUGGCAAUAGAUUCUGGUUUCAGGAACUCGGGCAUAACAGUGGGAAAAAGAGGAAAGACUAUGUUGGCUGUCAGGAGCACACAUGGCUUAGAAGUGCCAUUAAGCCAUGAAGGAAAACUGAUGGUGACAGAGGAUUAUAUCGACUUCCUAUUGAAGAUAGCAAAUCAAAAAAUGGAGGAAAACAGGAAGAGAAUUGAAAGUUCUUUUCCAAGAAUAGUUUUUGGUAUAAAGAAGUGACUAUUUUAUAUAUAUUUAUAUAACGAUAAUGCCACUGACCUACCACCUAAAAAGAUGUACAUUUCUGAGUUAUUCAAGUGGUGAUGGCCAACUUGAUAUCAUUUGUAGUUUCUUCUUUCCCUUCUCCCUACUCUCUUGGCCACCUCUUAACCAGUCAGUGUCUGCCUAAGUGACUUGUGUCAUUCUCUUCUCCCCAUCCUUCCUGGCACUUUCUUUAUUCAAGACCAUUGCCACUAUUAGCUUGUCUCAUUGUAGAAUGCUUCUAGUGUGUCUCUCUGUAAGCCAUUAUUAUUAUCACUGUCAAAAUCCUAUCUGUAAAAUGCAAAGGAAUCUUACUGCUUACUUGCCUGCUAAGGCCAGAGGUGCCAAUGGCAGCAUUGUUGCCUGGUGGAAAGAGGUAGAACUGGGUUCCAGAGCUAGAAGUGAGUUCAAAUCCCGGUUCUACCACAACUUACUCAACUUUCUUGGCUUUAUUUUUCUUAUAUCUAACCGGGUGUAAAUACUUAUCUUAAAGAACAGUUUAGUAUAAAAUGUCAUACGUGUAAUGAUUAGCGCUGGCCCAGUUA